ACCUAAAAAUUCAAAACAGCCAGAGCGGGAGGAGAAGCGAGUCCUUGGUCUUGUGUUGCUACGAGGAGAAAACUUGGUGUCCAUGACGGUCGAAGGCCCACCUCCAAAAGAUACUGGAAUUGCCAGGGUACCUCUUGCUGGAGCUGCUGGAGGACCUGGCGUUGGGAGAGCAGCAGGGAGGGGAGUACCAGCUGGAGCACCCAUGCCGCAGGCUCCGGCAGGACUGGCUGGCCCCGUCAGAGGAGUGGGAGGACCAUCCCAGCAGGUGAUGACUCCUCAGGGUCGCGGAACGGUUCCCCCAGCCACUGCCAGCAUAGCAGGAGCCCCAACGCAGUACACACCGGGGCGUGGGGGUCCCCCCCCACCCAUGAGCAGAGGAGCACCUCCUCCAGGAAUGAUGGGACCUCCUCCAGGCAUGAGACCACCCAUGGGCCCGCCCAUGGGAAUGCCACCAGGCCGAGGUGCCCCUAUGGGAAUGCCCCCACCAGGCAUGAGACCGCCACCCCCAGGAAUGAGAGGACCCCCUCCACCCGGCAUGCGCCCACCAAGGCCCUAA